AUGACGACCAAUUCAUUUUUAAAUUUAAUUAAUUUAUUUUUUCUUUUUUCGGCAUUUUUUAUAUUGGCAGAAGCGAAUUUUGAAGAUACUCGUUGCCGGUGUACAUGUCCAAGUACUGAAUAUUUUGCUCCAAAAGGUACAAAUCAUUCACAACAUUAUAGACGUUAUUAUACAAAAACUAAUUUGGAGUCGUCAAAUUGUAAUGCACAAACUGUUGUUAAAAAAGAUGUUCAGUCAAUUGUGGAGGAGGCAAGACUUGACGCUUUUUUGGCAAAUUGUAAUUGUCGAUUUGAAUCAAGAAAUUCACUUUUAUUGAAGGUUGUUGUUAUGUUCGUCAUUGCCGUUAUUUUCAUUCUUGGCUCUUACAUGCUCUAUUUGGGUGUUGUUGAGCCAAUGGUUUUUAGGCAAAGGCAACCAAAUUCAACAGCUUUUAUACCUUACAGUCGCCACACAGAUGUUGAUAGAGAGGACGUUGGUGAUUUGAACACAUUUUGGUUCCUUCAAGAUUCGGAUGAAGCCUCGGUGGUUGCAUCCGAUGUCAUGGAUGAUCAAUCCAUUAUUGAUGAUCAUAUUUUUUCGAGUACAACAGAAGGAAUACCGUCAUCAAAUGAAUUCUCAGCUAUUUCUUUAGAAGAUCGACAACAAACGCGUUCUCGCCAUUCAGCUAAUGCUACAACUGCUAGUAGCACAGUUAAAGCUUCAUUGCAUGACAAAGUUAUUGAAAAGGUAACAGCCGAGCAAAAUAAAUGGAAAGUGGAUGUAGAAGAACAACGUCGUAAUGUAUUAGGUCAACAUAGUGUGUUGAAUUAA